GCUUCGCAUAUAGCCACAAAUAGCGGCCGAGCGCCGCAGGCCCGUCGCCUCGCCUUAGCGAUGGACGACCUCGGUUGGGGCUCCCGUUUCCCUUCCUACCCCGACGCGCGCGACCGCCGUCCCGACGCCGUCAAGCGCGAGAUUCCGGACGAUGCCGGCCCCCGCCUCUUCUGCGACGCGUGCGGCGGCGUCCAGUUUGACAGCGGCGACGACGGGUUCUACUACUGCCGCCUUUGCGGCUCCCAGAGCCAGGACGUCCUCGACACCGGCUACGCGGAGGAGGACGUCUUCGGCGACGCCCAAGGCUCAGGCGCGCUCUACCACAUCCACCGCCACCGCGCCCAAAAGCACUCGCAGGACCCCGCCGCCCCCGCGAUUUCCAAGGACGCCGUCCUUCGGUCCCUCUCCAAGUCCCUUGCCGCCGGCUCCGGCGGAGCCGUGAAGAAGGAACAGGAGAAGGCGCUGCCGUACGGAUUCGAUGAUGAGCCGUCGGAGCCGAGGGAUUUCGGGGCGGGCCCCUGCCUCGACGCCGAGACACUCGCGAGGGGGAUCCGGCUUCGGUACGUGCAGGGGUUGCAGGUGAUCCUGCAGCUCCAGUGUGAAGCUCUGGUAGAGAAGUUUGGCGUGAACCCCCUGAUCUGCGGCCUCGCGGGCACCAUCUGGUUGCGGUUUGUAGCGUCUUCCAUGGUGUUUGAUGAGGGUUGGGGACAGAAGGUGAUUGCCGAGUCCGAGGCUACUGUCUCACAAUCAAGGGAUGACAAUCUUGUUGCAGAAGUGCAAACACCUGCUAAGCAUAUCAAAGCUAAAUACAUGACAGAGCCACGCAAUGCAGUUGGACGGAGAGCUAUUUAUAUAUGGCUUCGUGCAUUGAGAAAGACAAUUCCUGUGUAUUCCUCGCUUGCUAUUUCCUUUUUGGCUUGCCAUAUUGCACGAGAAGCAAUUCUGCCAACCGAUAUAGUUAAAUGGGCAUCAGAGGCAAAACUUCCUUACCUCACAGCAUUUUUGGUACUUGAUAAGUAUCUUGGAAGUUCGUCAAGUUCUUGCCCAUUAAGUUCGAGGCUUUUGUUUAGGCCUGUCCGAGUUAUUGGAUCUUGGCAAUUAGAAGCAGUAGCUGGUUCUAUCGCACAAAAAAUUGGACUGAACCUUCCUUCUGUGAAUUUUUAUGCUAUCGCAUCUCGGUACCUGAAAGAUCUCUCUCUUCCAACAGAAAAGAUUCUUCCACAAGCAUGCCGCCUUUAUGAGUGGUCAAUCCCUGCAGAUCUAUGGUUGUCUUGUAACACAUCUAGGCUUCCAACUCGUGUUUGUGUUAUGGCAAUUCUGAUUGUAACAGUAAGAAUCCUGUACAACAUACAUGGCCAAGGGUUCUGGGAAAUGACUUUGUUGGAUGCAAGUGACACCCCAAGAUGUCAAACUCGAAAUCCUGAUGUCUUCAGUUUGAGUCCUGCAGGGAAGCUUGGAGAUGCAGCUGGUGGUGCUAAAGGAUCUUGCUUCACUACAAAUUCCUCAGCAGUGAAGAACAUGUCAAGCAUCAAGAGUGCUGAUUUCAACACUAAGGAGCUGUUGGACAUUCUUCAAGCUGCACAUGAUAAGAUCAGCACCGCGCAUGAUUAUUCAAGAGACUUGAGGUCUUACCUCAAAUACUGCCAGGAUGUAGUUUUUGGUGGAAUGACCACCUCAUACGAUGAGCAGACACUAAUAGAAAGAUUCUGGGAAACAUACGACAAACAAGAGGACGAUAUUCAACAAGAGGGUCUAAAAGAUGAGCUUCUUGAUUCAAAGGGUAAGAGACAGAGAGAAGUACCUGCUACCUCUUUCUUUGAUUUCAAAAGAAGGGAACAGAGCAAAAGUAGCCAACACAUAAACAGAGAGAGAUCACCUGAUGAUUAUGGUGGUACAACCAGCAGAGAUGGUUUUGCAAACUCUGCUGAUCCAAAUGAGAAAGAUCCUCUUUGUAAUUCUUCUUUGACGCCUUCCAGAAAUGCUGCAGUGGAAAGAAUGAAAUUGAGCAUGGAGGAGAGUGGGUUUUAUUACCUACCUCCUAGAGUUCAGAAGAGAACAGAUGGUUAUCUUCACUAUAAGAGAAAGAGAUUAGAUGGAAAACUAAUUUGUGUUGCACAUGCUGAUUAUUACAUAGUAUUACGGGCUUGCGCAAAGGUUGCUCAGGUUGAUAUGCGGAUGAUGCAUCUUGGGGUCCUGAAAUUUGAGAGAAGACUUGCUUGGAUUGAACAACGGAUUGAUAGCAGCUUGAACACGUUACCUCAGCUUUUGCAUCAGAUGCAAGACAACUAAUAACUUCAUCACAAGUUAAAGGAGUUUUCUACCGUGGUCUCUCUUUCAUGAUGGCGACAAGAAAGAAGAAUACUCUAGGCGGACAAUACCAGAAAGCAGCCUUCAUCUGAGAUGCUUUGGAACACAGUAAUUUCAAGUGCUCAUGAGAGGUCAUGAAACUGCGAGUUAGUCAACCGUGAAAUGAUGAGAGAUUUACACAAUUAUUAAAGCGCACAUUGUUUCAAGGACAACGUCAAUUGCUUUCAUGCUCUCCAAUUUUGUUUCCUCCACGGACUCUGGUUACUGUUUCCAGCACCAUGGUAGAUUUUCAACAUAUGCAGCAAUGUUCCUCACAUUAUAUAUUCUUCAUCCGCUGGCCUAGUUGUCCUUGCCCAUAGCGCCAGGUUUCAGGUAAACGACACCAGCAUCCAGGUGCCAGUUCAGACUUUAUCUGCAUUCAAAAGGAAGUAGCGGCCUUUUCUUGUUCAAGGGCUGCACAAUCUGCAAAUUCGAGUACAGUAUAAGCAUGAGAUCAUCUAAAACAACAGUACCAUGGCUGUUCUUGCAGACCGUCAAAUGAUCAUUCCGCCGCACGCCUGGUUGGAAACACUUUGUUAUGGGCUUGAAAGCAAGAUGCAAAUCUCCUGUUGCUUAGCAUCAGUUUGGAAGAUACCUAGAUUCGCUGGAUGGACGCUGCUUAAUUGAAAUUGAUUGAUCAAGUAUGUAUAGCUUAGGUUUUCUCUCUUUCCAAAUUGAAAUUUUCUUCUUCUUCUAACACACUAGUUAACAAGGGAAAGGAGCAAAUGGGAGCUUUAAUUUUUAGCUA